ACAACAGUGUUCUCCACACAGUGCGUCACAGUAAAGGCUGUGAUGAAGUUUUUUUUACAGACAAUGGCCGUUAGUUAGAGCCGUUCUCUGCUUUCCGGAGGGCAACGUCCGAGGCACGAGGGGGAUAUGAUGUCUUUCUUUUGUCUCCAAAUGAACGAUCAAGUUCACACCUGAGUUGGCUUCUCCUCUGAGGCGGAAAACCCAGGACAAAAAAUGAGCAAGAGAAAGGAUGAUGUUUCCCCCGAGAUGGAGAGCCAGUUUAUGCUGCGCCUACCUCCGGAACACGCCACCACAGUGAGACGGAUAAUUCAGGCCGGAAAUGUCGGCUCCAAGGGCAGACUGACCAUUGAAAUACAUCCCCACAGGUGUGACGGGAUCGUUCAGGUGGACGGCAUCUCCCUGGUUGCUAAGGUGGUCGACCUGCCAUGCAACGUCGAAAGCUUAAAGACCAUCGACAAGAAAACCUGUUACAAGACCGCAGACAUCAGUCAGGUGCUGGUGUGCACAGAGGAAGGAGAGGAAGGAGACCUUUUCCCUCCUCCAGAAAAAUCCUCUGUCCCCACAGACCCGGCAGCCAACAAAAUGGCCGAGAGAGAGAAGAGGUUCAUCUUGGACCAUGGCAUCUCAGGGCCCCUGAAGAACGUCCGGAAGCGGCGGUUCAGGAGAACUGCCAAGAAGAAGUACAUUGAGUCUCCAGACAUUGAGAAGGAAGUGAAGCGGCUGCUGAGUACCGAUGCUGAAGCUGUCAAUGUCCGCUGGGAGCUUGUUGCUGAUGAGGAAAACAAGGAUGCUGGGAAUCCCAACUCCCUCCUGAGUCCUGACGUCCCUCCAGGAGUGUCCAACCGCAAGUCGGGCCACAGCUUGUCAAAACGCGAUAAGCUGCGUGAGUUAUUCAAUGACCUCAGUAGCAGCAGCAGAAGCAGCAGCAGUGAAGAUGAGGAUGAUGAGCUCAAUAUCAAUGACAUGGAGGAGGAGUUAGAAAGGAAACUGGAGGAACAGCUGAGUGACCUGGAUGAGCAGGACCAGGAAAAGGAGGAAACCAAUUUGCUAGCCAUGAAGAUCCAAGAGCAGAUUGAUAACCUAAGGAGCAAACUUCAGGAGAACGAGGUGAGGGCAAGGCGACAAGAAGAGCUCAUCAAGAAAGUGGAAAAUAUGGCACUCAAGGCCCGACUUGAAAAUGCACUGGUCGAUCUCAGAAAGAAGGAAGAACAAGAUCAGCUUCAGCUCAACUCCCUGCAGGAACAGCUGGAGAGCUUCAUGCAGCAAUAAAGGGGUGGGAGGAGAUCUGACCUAGGCCAAGAUGACUUCAGCAUUUUUCUCCCAGUUGGUGUAGUGGGUGUCCCUUGGACUGAAGCUGAGAGCAAAUGUGGCUGGGUUUACACUUGGUUGUCUCCCCUUCCCACCUUCCCCACAAAACCUACUCCAGAUCCUGAAAGAUUUAAAGGGGGGAAAAGGUUCUAAUUCUUUGGACUUGGUAAACCCUAGAGGGCUCACCCGAGAGAUUAUCUCUGAAAUAAAAUGUCACUGUUCUUCUU